GCUUGCUUCCCGCCAUCACGAGCGCUUAUUCCCCGACCGUAGCGGACGGGCGAUAAGUAUCGAUCGCGCUUGCUACCCAGGGUGAUCAGAGGCCGCUGGACGAUAUAGCUCGGCCAGACGACUUCGGCACUUUGGCAGCCACCAGGACCUCGGAGCAAGGGAUUCAUCGUUUCAUUCACCUAUUGCACUGAGCCGUGCUAAACGCAACGACGACGUUCAAGACCCUGAACAUACUAUCCACCAACAUACUAUGAGCACCAUCCCCGACCAUUCGAUCCGCAUCGCGGCUGACCGUGGGGGCACCUUCUGCGACGUCCAUGCCUCCUACCCCGACCCCGCCAACCCCACGGGCCCGCCGCGCGAGCUCAUCGUCAAGCUUCUGUCGCAGGACCCGGCGUAUCCGGACGCGCCGACUGAAGGGAUUCGCCGUGUGUUGGAGGCGGUGACGGGGGAGAAGGUCCCGAGAGGCCAACCCCUGCCCAUCAACAAGCUCGCCUCCAUCCGACUCUCGACUACGGUCGCCACGAACGCGCUGCUGGAGCGCCGCGGGGAAAAGCAUGCGCUGGUGGUUACGGAGGGCUUUAGGGAUGUGCUUUUGAUUGGGAAUCAGGCACGCCCCAAGAUUUUCGACCUCAACAUCCGGCGCCCGGCCCCGCUGUACGAGGAGGUCGUCGAGGUCGCCGAGCGCGUCACGCUUGUCGGCUUCACGAGCGACCCGCGCGCGGAAGAAAGAGGCGUAAAGUUCGACGAGGACGGGAGAGUGGUUAGAGGAUACGAUGGGGAGACCCCCGCCGAAGAAAUUGUCCGUGGCCUCUCCGGCGAGGCCGUGCGCAUCCUCAGGAAGCCUGAUCCGGCGGUCGUCAAGCCGCAGCUGCAGGCGCUGCGCGAGAAGGGGUACACCUCGCUCGCAAUCGUGUUCGUGCACUCGUACACGUAUCCGGAGCAUGAGCAGCUGGUUGCGGAGUGGGCAGGCGAGGCCGGCUUCACGCACAUAUCCCAGUCCGCUGCGCUCCUCCCGGUCAUCAAGAUGGUCCCGCGCGGCGCCAGCGCGACGGCGGACGCGUAUCUGACGCCAGUACUGGGCGCCUACCUCAACGGCUUCUUCUCCGGCUUCGACCCCGCGCUGCGCGACACGGGACGCGUCGAGUUUAUGACCUCCGCCGGCGGCCUGGUCCCUGCGACACAGUUCUCCGGCCUGCGCUCUAUCUUGAGCGGCCCCGCGGGCGGCGUGGUAGGCUAUGCGCGCACGAGCUGGGCGGGCGAGGGCGAAGGGAGGGAUAAGAGGGCGAUUAUUGGCCUCGACGUGGGCGGUACCUCGACGGACGUCUCGCGCUUCGCGGGCAGGUACGAGCUGGUGCACGAGAGCGUGACGGCGGGCGUGGGCGUGGUGGGCGCGCAGCUCGACAUCAACACCGUCGCUGCCGGAGGCGGGUCCUGCCUUACCUUUGCGCGCGGCCUCUUCCAGGCGGGCCCGGCAAGUGCAGGCGCGGUGCCGGGGCCGGUGUGUUAUCGUCGCGGCGGCCCCCUCGCACUGACAGACGCCAACCUUGUUCUUGGCCGGCUCGUGCCCGCGCACUUCCCGAAGAUCUUUGGCCCGAACGAGGACGAGGGGCCGGACGAGGCGGCAGCGAGGGCGGCGUUGGAGAAGGUCAAGGAGGAGAUCAACGCCGAUCCGAGCACAGAGCGGCCGUACAGUUUGGACGAGGUCGCGUAUGGCUUCAUCAAGGUCGCCAACGAGACCAUGUGUCGGCCGAUCCGCGCGCUCACCGAGGCGCGAGGGUACGCGACGGGCGAGCAUAUCCUGGCGCCCUUCGGCGGCGCCGGCGGGCAGCACGCGUGCGAGAUCGCGCGGCUGCUGGGGAUCAAGACCGUGCUCGUGCACCGGUACAGCAGUGUGCUUAGCGCGUAUGGGCUGGCGCUGGCGGAGCGCGUCCUCGAGCGUCAAGAACCCAGCUCGGCCGUUUAUGGCACGUCGGAGACCACGAAGGAGCUCGCUGGGCGGCUAAAGCGAAUGGAGGACGAUGUACGAGGGGAGCUGAAGGAGCAAGGCUUCCCUCCCGAGCGCAUCAAGGUUGAGCGGCUGCUCAACAUGCGGUUCGACGGGACGGACACGGCGCUGAUGGUUCUGGGCGAGGAUGUGCCCUCCUCCUCGGAUGCUCUUGAGGACUUCGAAGGCGCAUUCAAGCGCGCGUACAAAUCUGAGUUCGGCUUCUUGCUCGAGAGCAAGGCAAUUGUGGUGGACGAUGUGAAGGUCCGCGCUAUCGGUUCCUCCUUCGACGACUUGGGUGAGAACGUGCACGACGAGGUGCGCCGGCUGCGCACCGAAGGGAAGACCGCGAGCGUGAGCAAGGAGCGCGCCAAUGGGACGCACAGCGUGUACUUCGAGGAGCUCGGCCGCGUCCCAGACACGCCCAUCUUCCUCCUCGACAGCCUCCAUCCUGGUGACGAGGUCGCGGGACCAGCGAUCGUCAUUGAUGACACACAGACGAUCGUGCUUGUCCCGGGUGCGACGGCGCUGGUGACGAGCCGGCAUCUGGUCAUUGAGGUCGAGUGAAGUGGAUGAAGCGCUGAAGGAGAGUUGAGUAGAGUGAGUGAGCUGGAAAAUUGAUUAUCAACACUGUAUGUACGAAUAUUAUUCUAUCUCCCCCAGGCCACAACGUCGUCGGAUGCGAGGGUUCAUAAUACUCUUCAAUUUCGAUCAUACAUCCGC